UAUGGGUUCCAUUUGAAGAUCGAGAAGAGCAAUUUCUUCAUGCAGCAGAUCAAGUACCUGGGCUUCAUUGUCGAUUCCGAUGGAAUUCGACCUGUUCCAGAGAAAGUCAAGCCGAUCGUCAACAUGCCUGCCCCACACGACGUUCCAACACUGCGUUCAUUCCUUGGUGCGAUCAAUUAUUACGGCAAGUUCGUCAAGUCCAUGCACGAGCUUCGCCAUCCGUUGGACGCUCUGCUCAAGAAGGAUGCCAAGUGGAACUGGAGUCCUGCCUGUCAGCGGUCGUUCGAGGAGUUCAAGCGGAUUCUACAAUCAGAGUUGCUGUUGACCCACUACGACCCAAACCAGGAGAUGAUAGUUGCCGCUGACGCCUCGCAGAAAGGAAUUGGUGCGGUUCUUCUACACCGUUUCCCUGACGGUACGAUCAAAGCAGUGUGCCAUGCUUCCCGGACACUCACGGAUGCUGAGAAGAACUAUGCCCAAGGCGAGAAAGAGGGCUUUGCCCUGGUCUUCGCCUGCACCAAGUUUCAUCGGAUGAUUUUCGGCAGAAGAUUCACGCUACAAACGGAUCACAAGCCGCUGCUGGGAAUUUUCGAGCUCCUGUCCUGAAGCAAUUGCACGCUGGUCACCCGGGAAUGCAGCGGAUGAAGUCGAUCGCGAGAAGCUACGUCUACUGGCCAAACAACGACGCUGAGAUUGAAGACUUCGUGCGGAAAUGUUCGCGCUGUGCUGCUGCGGCAAAAGCUCCAGUCAAGACAACUCUUUCCUCGUGGCCGAUUCCAGUUGAACCAUGGACGCGCUUGCACCUGGACUAUGCUGGACCCAUCCAAGAAAAGUUCUUUCUGGUGAUCGUCGACGCACACUCGAAAUGGCCAGAGAUCUUCGCAGUCAACAACUCGACGGCUUCAACCACUGUCAGCAAGCUUCGAGAGUGUUUCGCAAGAUUCGGAUGUCCAGUCUCCGUGGUCACGGACAACGGAACGCAGUUCGACUCCGAGCUUUUCGCCAAGUUCUGCCGCGAGCUUGGUAUCGAGCACAUCAAGACACCACCAUUCCACCCGCAGUCUAACGGACAAGCAGAGAGGUUUGUCGACACACUGAAGCGAGCUCUUUUGAAGAUUGGCAGUGAGGACAUUGAUGCUGCUCUACAGACUUUCCUGCAAGCCUAUCGCUACACGCCGAAUGCGGUUUUACCCGACAACAAGUCACCUGCUGAAGCUUUGUUGGGGAGGAAAGUGCGCAUCGUCUUCGACCUGAUGACGAAAUCAACACCUGAAACGCCGCUCAUUAACCAACGCCAGAACGAACAGCAAACAUGGAGCCAAGAAACGCACGUUUGCGGCAGGAGAGGAAGUUUACGCUGAAAUCCACAUUCGCAAUGACAAGUAUUGGGCCAAAGGUGUGGUGAUCGAGCGCAAAG